AUGGGCCGACCGAACGAUCUCCCUCCGUCGUAUGAAGAGGCCGUCGCCAGCGAUCCCGCCUCGCGUGCUCCUGCCUUCCCCGCUCCUCCGACCGACACCGCAGCACCUCCCAUCCCCAACAACAGACCAUACCACAGUGUCCGCUCUGACUCUGAAGAAUCCGAAACUGUCAACAUCUCCCCGGCCCUCAGCCAAGAUGCGACGGCUUUGCACGCGCACAUUGCCCGCCAAGUCGAGAUCCCGCCCCGACCGUACCUGACCGUGCGCGGCUCCCACACUGAAACCCGACACGAUCACAACCGCAAAGAGGACCGGAAGGAGACUGUCGAGGAUUUUACCUUCAAAGUGGACCUGUCUGGAUAUCUGAUUCGCGAUGAGCAUCCACCCCAGCACUACGACGAUGACGACAUCGGACUACAGCUCGCUCCAGACUCUCAGGACGGGUGGCACGUCGUGACCCUCGUUCGCGAUAACGACGGACAACAGGCAUACCGUGGAGGACGAUGCAAGUCAGACACCUGGACGGGUCAUGAGCAGCGGCCCAGGUCGGAACCAGUGCAACUGGAGGAUGGACCAAACAACGAGACCGCCGGGUUGGUGCGGGAGCACGAGGACGGUCCCAGCUUGAUGGGCUGGUGUGAGCGGUACUGCGAAGAUCCUGCACCUGUCAAGUCGUUUGCUUUUGGCCGCAGCGUCGUCGGAUUCGAUAGCUCCGUUCUCCACUCCGCGUUAACGUCCCACUUACGCAGUCUUCACUACAAGGGAGACAUCAGCAUCACAACAAAUCUGGCAAACCAGGAAUUGUUCGUAUACUCGCCCCACUGGGUGAACCAACUGCGCAACAAUGGCUUUGUGUAUUGGUUCUGCAUCAUCCUGCAGUUGUGGAUCAUCACGUGGCCGGUUAUCUGGUUCCUGGAGCGUCGAUACGAUGUUGUCCGCUCGGUGUGGUACUUCUCCCGGGUUCAAGGGGGUGAAACACAGUACGCAUGCCACCGGAGUGAGGCAGCCAUAGCGGAUGAGCUGGCUCCGGCGGUGACACAGGCGGCUUUGGAGCGACGGCUUGACGGGAAGAUACUUACACCCCAGGAGAUGGAGCUACUUGAUCGGCUGGGCAAAGAGCGGCAGCAGCGUGGCGUGGUCGUGAUGCAGUGGGACCGGUUCCUGGGAUGGGGGAAUGAUUCCUAG